AUUCAGAUUUCUUUAAAUGUAUCUUACUUUGUUUAUAGGUUUGAUGGUCCUCGGGGAAGAUUUGAUGCACCCGGAACAAGAUGUGAAGGACCAAGACCUAAAGGACCUCGUUUUGAAGGACAUCGCUCAGAUGGGCCAAGACCCAAAUAUGAAGGGCACCAUCCAGAGGGUGGAUCUAAAAGCAAAUGGGGACAAUUCCCGGGGCCAGCAUCUCAAUUUUAUAUUUCUCCAAAUACUUCUCAGGGCCCUCGACAAAGUGGACCACAGUGGAGAGGUUCUAAGCCACCUUAUGGGCAACAGCAGCAUCCACCCAAAUCACAAGCAGAAUCUCAUCUAGGAAACAAAGACUCUUUAACAGACCCCAGCACUGGUCAACAAAAGAACAGAAUGUCGCCAACUCCAUUUUCUCUUUCUGCAGAUGUGAAGGAUUCUAAGUCAUUUCAGUCCAAUGAGAAACUAAAAGAUACUCAGCAUGAUGUUCCCCAAACUGAAGUCCAAACAGGACCUAAUGAUCCUUCUAACUGGAACCAGAAUUCUCAAAAUAUGGAGAAACAAAUAGACAAAACUGGUCAAUCUAUACCUGGACAAUGCCAGAAACCUUUUGCAAACAAGUCUUCAUCUAUUCAAUCAACUUUCCCUUCACGAACAGGAGGAAUGGAUGGGGGAGGACCACCACCUAUUCCAUCGUUAACUGCAAAUAAUGAUUUAAAAUCUGUCAGUGUUGGUAUCCCCCAAUUAGAAAAUAACCAGGACAAAGGUUUGCCUCGGCUAGAUAACAGAGAUCAUAGACCAGAAGGCAAUAGAGGUAGCAGUUCAUCUUACAGAGGUAGGGGACAAGGAAGAAUUGAAGACAUGAGGGAUAAGAAUUUGACAAAUAGAGGGAGAGGACAAAUAAUCAAUCAAGGUCCUGGAAUGGGCAAACCAGAAGACAUUAGAGAGAAGGUGAUAGGCAGAAGAGAAGAGAGUCGAGAGAAAAUGGGCAGACAAGAAGGUAGUCGAGAGAGGGUGAUGGGAAGACGAUCAGGCAGUCGAGAUAGAGGGUUAGGGAGGCUGGGAAGUGGUAGGGAAAAAAUUCCAGGUCAGACAGACAUACAGGAUAGGGGGAGAGCAGGUAGCCGAGAAAGAGGACCUCCCCGAAGAGCCAACAGUCAAGAGAGAGGACCUCCUAGAAGGGCGGGGAGCCGGGAGAGAGGACCUCCACUCCACAGGGCUGGAAGAGAGAGAGGACCACCUCGACGCCCUGGAAGUCGGGAAAGAGGACUGGGCAGACCAGAAUUUGGUCGGGAUAAAGGUAUUCCCAGAUUAGAUUCUAAUGUAGAUAAAUCAGUUAGAAUUGGAGAUGGAGAAAAAAUGCCCCCUUAUCAUCGAGAUGAAGCCUCUCGAGCUCCCUGGAAUCAUGGAGAGGAUAGAGGGCAUGAAGACUUUCCAUUAGAUGGUAGAAAUGUUCCUCCUUUGGAAAGGGAAAGACUUGAUGAUUGGGACAGAGAAAGAUACUGGAGAGAAUGUGAACCAGAUUAUCAAGAUGAUGUAGAUCCUUACAACAGAGAGGACAGAUUUUCAUUGCCACCAUCUCGGUCCCAUGAUGUUGAUCGGCGAGGACCAUGGUGGGAUGAUUGGGAUAGAGAUCGUGAUAUGGAUCGUGACUUCAGGGAUAUGGACAGGGACAUGGACAGAGAUAGGGACAGGGACAGGGACAGAGACCGGAUGGGAAGACCUAUGGAUAUGUAUGAUCGAGAAUUGGAUAGAGAAUGGGACAGAGAUUACAUGAGACCAAUGGAUGACCAAGAAUCACAAUUUCAUGAACGUGAUAUUCCCCCUCCACCUUUGCCUCCUCUGCCUCCUCUUCCACCUUUGGAUAGAUCGGAUGAUAGAUGGAGAGAUGAAAGAGAUAGAGAUCACAUGUAUGAUCGGACCUUCGUGAUAGGGGAAUUAAGAAUUCGAGAAUAUCCUGAGAGAGGAGAAACUUGCGGGAAAACGGAUUACCUUCCUGAGCGAAUGGAUUGGGAGAGAGAACGAUUGUCAGACAGAUGGUACCCAUCUGAUGUAGACCGACAUUCCCAUGGGGAUCAUAUGCCACCUCUUCCUUCGUCACACCAUUCUUCUGAAAUGUUGGGAUCAGAGGGAAACUUAGACUCUGAUCAGUCUAUUGGAGGUGUAAUGGUCCUCAGUCAACGGCAGCAUGAAAUAAUUUUGAAAGCUGCACAAGAAUUGAAGAUGCUACGAGAACAGAAAGAACAGCUUCAAAAACUCAAAGAUUUUGCUGCUGAGCCACAGGCACCUGCUCCCCUGCCACCGCCUGAGCCACCAAGAUUGCAGACUACAUCUGCACGGCCCCUGGGAUCUUUCAGGUAAGAAAUAAGAUGUAUUUUCAUGCCUCCAGGUUCCUACAGGCCACCUCCUCCUAUGGGUAAACCACCCCUUCCAGGGAUGAGACAGUCUGCUCCAUCAGCAAGACCAUCUAUUCCUAUAACAAGGCCACCUGUCCCAAUUCCACCCCCUCCUGUGGUAAAGCCACAGCCUGCUGCUAUGGAACAAGAACGUUGGGAUGAAGAUUCUUUUCAUGGACUCUGGGAUACAAAUGAAGAUAAAGGACUGAAUUCAGAAUAUACCUCAGAAACAGGUCCACCACCUGUUGCAAUGAAAGCACCACCUAUUCAUCCUUCUAUUCCCCCUCCAAGCCCAAUUCCUGUUGUUAUGCAGUCAAUGUCUAAACCCCCUCCAGUGCAGCAGACAGUGGAUUAUGGCCAUGGCCGUGGUAAGUAACUGUGAUUGACUUGUAUCCCUAGAAUUAGAUAAGGGGAAAUCUUAAGAAAGGUUUGCUAUAUCUGAUGUAGGCUUCUUAUAACUUCUACCUAAUAGCCUA